UGUGACGCGUUCAAAUACGUUGUUAUACUAACCCUAGACGGUAAUGUUGUACCGAGGUAAAAGCAUUUAUAAAGAUCCAAGUGGCCGCUCUACCUCUUCAUGCAACUCCUCUGAAAACGUUGUACGCAGGACGUAGCUGUUCCCCGUCCCAAGACAGCCCGACGCUGUUCUCUUUCCUCGCCGCAGCCACCCACAGGGAGCUUUUUACCCUUCUUCCUGGACCUCUCUCUCGCUCUCUCCAUGUCUAUUUGUCUCGUUCUCUUUGGGAAGCCUAUUUGCAAAGGAAGCAAUACGUGCAGCUACGUAGAAGAAACGAAAAAGUAAUUAAGGAUGCUGGCAGGCGCCGCUCCGCUCCUCAGUCCGUACGGUCAGUGGGGGACGAGACAGCGAGAGAUGGAAGAGCGAGUAGCGCAAGGGGGUGAGAGACCGCACGCCUGUACCCGCUUCUCAAGAUGUGGUAGGGCUGACGCGAGGCUCACAUGAGGUCGCUGCGACACGUCAAAUCAUGCGGCGGCUCACCUCUCUCUUCCCCUUCCCCUCUUAUUGAGUUGUACCUGUCUCUUCGAAGACAGCAGCAGCAGCGGUGUAGGUGAGCAGGAAACAUCGGUGGCCAAAACCCAUACACAUACACGCAUCUCUCUGUCGCUCUCUCGGUCGCUGUUUCCUUCUUCUGUUCAUGAGGAUUGUAGAGGAGUAACGUUGCGGUGGGAACCUGUGAGACGGCAAGGAGAAUGGAGGGGACGAGGUCAGGAGGAGAAAGGAAGCAGCAGCAGCAGCACUACAGGGGGGUGAGAAAGAGACCGUGGGGGCGAUACGCGGCGGAGAUACGGGACCCGUGGAGGAAGGCGCGGGUGUGGCUCGGCACCUUCGACACCCCCGUGGAGGCCGCCCUCGCCUAUGACCGCGCGGCUCGGUCUCUGCGGGGAAUCAAGGCCAAGACCAACUUCCCCCACCAGUUCGCGCCAGCCCCCCCGCCUCCGCCAAACCCUCCGCCCUCCUUCGCAGCCGCUCUCGACCUCAACCACCCAUCCUUGCACCUCUGGCUCGGCCCAACCCCACCCUCGCCAUCGCCACGUUCUCCACCGCCGUCAACCAAGCUGGCCUUGGGAGCGUUCGUGCCUCGAGAGCCUCCGGCUGCUGCCACCUCGUUCUACGCCGUCUCUGCCGGGGGCUUACCGUUGGAUCUCAACGAGCCACCGCCGCAGCUGGCGCCUGCCUUAUCGCCACUCUUCAAUUGAGCAGCCUUCCUCUGAUAUGCUAGCAUUAAUAUGCUCUGCUGAUCUGAUCCGUGCAUGUGAUAUCUUUCUCUUGUUAUUUACGCUUUCUUUCUUCUUCUACUCGUUUUAAGAUUCUUGACGUAGGUUUCGGAGAAGAACAGUAGGGAAAGUAGCAAGCAUGCACCUAAAAAAUCCAUCCAGCUGUAUAUACUUGAUGUUUAAGUGCGUCUUCUCGAAUCCUUUUCCUUCAAGGAUAGUUUUAUGUGGUCGAUC